AAGCCAGAAGAAGAAGAAGAAGAAGCAACAGCAGCAGCAGACGAAGAAGAAGUGCAUAGUGGCCGUUUAUCCACCUGUGUUAUGCCCUCUGUCUGCUGUUUCCUUUGGAAAUGUUCUCUCUCGUAACCUCGUGGGGGAUCAUUAUCUGAGGAGGGGGGGAUAUCACCCCGAACCUGGGGCGACGAAACGCCAUGUUCAUGAUGUUGACCAGCCGUUUGGCCCUGGACGCCCUGCGGAGGACUCGCCACGGAGCUUCUCACCCCUGCCGUCGCUCGCUGCCCGGCCUCUUCCUCCUCGCAGAAGGGUGGAGGACCGGAGACGCCAGCCUCCACUCGGAUCCCAGCGUGUCGAAGAGAGGACUGCGCGGCCGCGGGGUUUCCCCCCCGUGGCCCGGGCCGCGCGGAACGAGGUCACUCGGCUGGUCGGCUGCCGCGGUCGUGGACUCGGCGCCCGCUCCCGUCCAGCCGUACCUCCGCCUGAUGAGGCUGGACAAGCCCAUUGGCACAUGGCUGCUCUACCUACCGUCUACAUGGAGCAUCGCUCUGGCUGCCGACCCCGGGUGCCUCCCACAUCUGGACAUGCUCACAUUGUUUGGUGCCGGUGCCCUGCUGAUGAGAGGCGCGGGCUGCACCAUCAACGACAUGUGGGAUAAAGACUUUGACAAAAAGGUGACCAGGACGGCUUCCCGCCCCAUUGCGUCAGGACAGGUUUCUUGGAUGCAGGCACUGGUCUUUUUGGGAGGGCAGCUCUCACUGGCACUUGGGGUUCUCUUGUGCCUCAACUAUUACAGCGUCGCGUUGGGUGCUGCGUCGUUAUGUCUCGUCGUCUCCUACCCGCUGAUGAAGAGGAUCACCUAUUGGCCCCAGUUUGUGUUGGGCCUCACUUUUAACUGGGGAGCGCUGCUCGGCUGGGCCGCCGUCAGGGGCUUCUGUGAUUGGUCCGUGUGCCUCCCGCUGUAUUUCUCCGGGGUGAUGUGGACGCUGAUAUAUGACACCAUCUACGCACAUCAGGACAAGGAGGACGACGUGAAGAUCGGAGUCAAGUCCACGGCGCUGAGGUUCAACGAGCAGACCAAGCCGUGGCUGAGCGGCUUCGCGCUGGCCAUGGUGUCGGGGCUGGCUGUGGCCGGCGCCAACGCCGAACAGACGCUGCCGUACUACGCAGCGCUGUCCGCCGUGGCCGCACACCUCACGCGACAGAUUUACACGCUGGACAUCAACAAAUCGGAGGACUGCUGGAAGACGUUUUCCUCAAACAGAAACCUGGGACUGUUGUUACUUUUAGGCAUUGUUGCCGGAAACUUGUGGAAAGAAAGAAGAGAGACUUUGCUGCCGACUGGGGAAGCGGUCAGAUAAGUGUGAUCAGCGGAAACAAAUCUUGAAAAAUGUGCUACACAAUAUGCACAGUAUGUACAUUUUUAAAAUUCUGAACAAAACCCUAUGAGAUUGCAACAAGAUUUACCAUAAACUGUAAUUGGAACUUUUUAAUUGGAUUUCUUUCUGUCCAUGACAUCAUCAUUUUAAGAUUUCCUUUCAGUAGAUAUUGUUGAGCGCAGUGGCUGCACAAAUACACACAAGAAUCACUCAAAAAUCAGUCGCAAUCAACAUGCAUUUUGUUCAAAUCUGCAUUAAGCAAUUUUUACCACCAGGGAGGCGACAAAUGACUUCGGGAAACAUUGAUUUCCGGGUGGUUUGGUUUCAUUUUGUCCACCGAAUGUAGAGAAAAUAACUACUACUUCGGGCCAAUAUUUUUCUGCCUGAACUUGUUGUAAUGAAAUAUGAUGAGGAAGCCUGUUUUUUAAUUUUUUCUUAUAUGAAAGCUGUUUGUAGACGAGUCACACGCAAAACAAACAACAAAUAACAAUGAACACAAUACAAUAUGAGGGGAAAAAUGUCACAGAUUGCAUUACUAAACUGUGUUGCGUUUCAAUAAGGUAAAGAGCAGAAGUACGUUAAAAAGGGGAACCAGACCGAUGUACGUUGUGGACAAAAGUCUCAAACCAGACACGUCUCUCAAUUCUACCGCCGUAACAAUACAAGCGACGUUCAUCUGCGUGUUGAUCCAGCUCAAACACGUGUACGCCUUCCUCCACGCCGGCGAGAGUCUGGGCCGCAGGAGGCCGUGCGCGCGGCGAUCCGCGGCCACCGUCGCCGCCCACGUCAGCAUCCCCACGAAGUGGCCCAAGUGGCCGCCGUGCCACCACAGCGAGAAGCCGAACGUCGACAGCAACGGGAAGCGCCCGCACCUGGCGUACACCAGCCUGCGCAACCAGGAGGCCGUGGUGGCGUUCCACCGGCGGGCGAACUGCGACAUGCGGCUCGACGCCUCGACGGCCCAGAGGUCGCCGUCGGACAGCCCGCCCCAGCCGGGCGGCUCCCCCGGCGAGCGCGGCCAGAAGCCCAACCCGGCGGCGUUGUUGAGGCAUUCGCUGCACCUCCAGUGAGAAUAGUACUGGAUCCUCAGCCACGCCGCCAGAGCCAAGACCCGCGCCGCGCCGCCCGCGGGGGCCGCGCCGGAGGGGUCGUACGCGUCCAGGAGCCCGGCGAGCAGG